CCUCAACGUUUCUCCUUGCUUGACCCACACACACUCACGCACACGUCCUCGUGAACACACUUGCUGAGAGCUGCACCAGCCAACACCGGACCCCACCUCUCGCUCCUCGAAUUCGGACAUCAACAAACACUUCCUCAUUGAGCAAUCGCAAACCCCACCUCUCGCUUCCCCUCCCCUACUUGACACAAUGCGUGCCACCUUCUUCUUCACCGCCGUCGUAGCACUGGCAUCGGCUACCAUUGUGGCAGCACAGGAGGCCGCUGAUCUCGAGGAGAGGUCACCUGUCGUGUCCAAGGUCUUUGGACGAGCACCCUUCCCCCAAGUGACGCCAGAAGCAAUUGAGGAACGACAGCUCGGUGGUGGGGAGAUCACCUCAACGACCAGCCUGGCCACUCUGCAGACCAUCAGUGGCUACACACCUCCGGCUUCGACCAGAAUACCCACUCCCGUCGUGUCGAGUGGAACCAUUCUUUCAGCAGCUCAGAUCCCAGGCUACAACGACACCGUCAAGGCCAGCGGAGCAGACAUGCUCAAUGUCGACGGUCGGUCACUCGCUCUGGCAGGUGGUAUGGCCGCUGCUGCCGCCUACCUGCUGUUUUGAGCCUAGUCACUGCCCCCUCGACCGCAGACAAAACGCGUCGGUGCACCAUGCCGAAAUCAGAACCUCAUACGCAGCUGUGUCUUCCAAGCACUGCUGAUCCCCGAAGACUGCGACGGACCUUCACUACUAUCAUGACCAUUCUCUUGUAGAUUCCCUCCCCCUUGCUAUCCACUCCACCCUCACCUGACCCUCAAUCCUGCCUUGUACAAACUUCGUUGUUUCUAUUCCCUUCCCCACCCUCAAUGAGUUUCGUGCUGCCGUCACGGACACUCCUUCGCGCCUCUUUGCGCCUCUAUUCUUCCCAUCCAGACUCUCAAUACCAGUACUCCUGUACUUGCUCAU